CCCGGCUCGACCCAACUUAAUCCAUUCGAUCGUAAAGCAACCUAAGCAGUAAACCCAUAACCAUGAGCAAGCCUGUGUCCUUCAUCUCGAUGGUGGCUGUGAUUUUGCUGGCCAGCUCCACAGUGAAGUUGGCCCAAGGAACGCUCUGCAGUGAAAAGCUCAACGAGGUGCUGAGUAUGGUGUGCGAGGAGUAUAAUCCCGUGAUUCCACACAAGCGCGCCAUGCCCGGUGCCGACAGCGACCUGGACCCCCUCAAUCCCCUGCAGUUUGUCCAGGAGUUCGAGGAGGAGGACAAUUCGAUCUCGGAACCGCUGCGAAGUGCCCUCUUUCCUGGGAGCUAUCUGGGGGGUGUCCUCAGUUCCCUGGCGGAAGUCCGGAGGCGAACUCGCCAACGGCAAGGAAUCGUGGAGAGGUGCUGCAAAAAGUCCUGUGAUAUGAAGGCCCUGCGGGAGUACUGCUCCGUCGUCAGAAAUUAGGCCUCCUAAUGCGAAAAUCAUUGACCCCAACUGACCUGCUCGACGCGAUUAUCUCUGGAUCUGGUUCCAAACCAACCAUGUGCAUAUAUACUACAAUCGAUGUUUUUUACAGCUUGUUGCAUGUUACUCUUUAUGAAUGAUCGAAAUGGAUUAAAUAUAUAUUCUGCUUUAAGCUUUGGCAAACAA